AUGGAGUGUUUUCUGGAGGUUGGGAAUGCUCGCGACUUUCGGAUGGGAAGGUGGGGUUCGCUGUUCGCUUUCAAGGGUAGGAGACGCGCACUGGAUAGGAUUCAGGUCUUCUUGACUGCUACUGACUCCUUCACGCAUCUCGUUAAAGACGUCUUGGAUCUCGACGGAAAGGUCAACGGCUCCUGGCUCGACCUCGGUCGCAUCUAA